UGCGGAAGACCUUCAAAGCAUCAUUUUCGAAUCCAUAUCACAUGGUGUACUCAUGGCUAGUUCCCCUAUUUAAACCUCUCCAUCCCUCUAACCCCCUCCACACAUUUGCUUCAAACAAAAUUAACUACACAUUCCUCUCUUUCUUGUUCUUUAUCUCUAUCGUUCAACAAAGACAAGCUAUUUCUUAAACCUUCUUUUAUGUCUGAUCUUUUAAUGCUAUUUUGACUUCAUUCAAGAAAAACCAGCCUCAAGUUGAUACUCAUAUAUAUAUAAACAAACUCUUGAUGCAUUGUACAAAUCCUCAUAUACCAACAAUGGUUCAUAACCUUGAACAUGAAGAUCACUUCUUUGCUGGUCGCUGCAUAUUGGUGAAUGGACCUGUCAUUGUAGGUGCUGGUCCAUCUGGCCUAGCAGUGGCAGCUGGCCUUAAACAACAAGGAGUCCCGUACGUAAUCCUAGACCGAGCAGACUGCAUUGCCUCCCUAUGGCAAAACAGAACUUAUGACCGCCUAAAACUUCACCUACCUAAACAAUUCUGCCAACUACCUUAUUACCCAUUUCCGGAAACCUUUCCUGAAUAUCCUACAAAACACCAAUUCAUUGAGUAUCUCGAGUCCUAUGCUAAACGCUUUGAGAUUGGCCCGAGGUUCAAUGAGUCUGUGAUGUCUGCCAAAUAUGACAAAACCUGCGGUCUCUGGCGAAUCAAGACCACGAUGCUCAAGUGUCCCGGGAGGGGAGAGAUUGAGUAUAUUUGCAGGUGGCUUGUUGUGGCAACAGGGGAAAAUGCAGAGAAAGUUGUACCAGAAUUUGAAGGCUUAGAAGAGUUUGGUGGCAAUGUCAUGCAUGCUUGUGACUACAGGUCUGGUGGUGUUUAUAAGGGUAAGCGCGUUUUAGUUGUGGGCUGUGGCAAUUCAGGCAUGGAAGUAUCCCUUGAUUUGUGCCACCAUGAUGCAAUUCCUUCAAUGGUUGUUCGAAGCUCAGUUCAUGUUUUGCCAAGAGAGAUUUUUGGAAGAUCAACAUUCGAACUAGCUGUUUCGAUGUUAAAAUGGUUACCAAUAUGGGCUGUCGACAUAAUCUUGCUGGCUAGUGCAAGGUUAUUACUUGGAAAUAUAGAGAAGCAUGGUCUGAAAAGACCAGCAACGGGACCUUUACAGCUAAAGGACAGUACAGGAAAGACCCCAGUCCUGGAUAUCGGUGCAUUACAAAAGAUUAAGUGUGGAGAAAUUAAAAUAGUCCCUGGAAUUAAGAAAUUUUCAAGGGGUAAGGUGGAACUUGUGAAUGGAACAAAGCUUGAGAUAGAUUCUGUUAUUUUGGCAACUGGAUAUUGCAGCAAUGUUCCUUCAUGGCUGAACGAAAAUGAAUUUUUUACUAGAGAAGGUUUUCCAGUAGCCCCCUUUCCGAAUGGAUGGAAAGGAAAACUUGGGCUAUAUGCAGCUGGUUUCACUAGAAAAGGUCUCUCAGGGGCAUCAUUAGAUGCGAUGAGAGUAGCUCAAGACAUUGGCAAACUCUGGAAAGAAGAAACAAAGCAGAAGAAGCAUUCGGUAGCAGUUGCAGGCCUCAAAAGAUAUAAAUCUCAAUUCUGAUACACUGGACCAGGAAUAUAACUGAUCCUGAAGAGUGAGGCAAUAGAAAUUAGGGAAGUAACGAAGUACUGAAUUUAUGUUUAUCUGUUUUGUUUUGUUCUGUUUGUAUUUAAGUGUUGGUAAUUGUAGUCGAUAAAAUGUAACCAGAAAAGGGGAUGUGAAUCUGAGAGCAGCCCUCUUCGGAUAAAUCCUGAGUCUUAGAAUGAUUUAGGGAAUUCUGUACAAAGGAAGACGAGGCUUUCUACUUUUGUGUUUACCUGAUAAUCAUUGUAUAUGCAAUAAUCACAUGUAUUAGGAAAAGAUUCUCUAUUUAUAAAAUUAUGCUUGUGCUUUUAUAUUAAAAUGUAAGAAGCCAAAAGUGUGAUGAUUAGGAGUUCGUAGCUAAUGAUGAGUUAACUUGAUUUUGACAUAGAUUAUUUGGACCUCGAAGAUUCUCAAUCCUAAAAGAUGAAUAUUUCCAACAAUCAU